GAUUUAUUUAUUUAUUUUGCAGAAUUUAAGAGUCGUAUAUUACAUUCGGCUACAGUUAGUGUGAGAAGCAUGCACAUAUCUCCACAUCUGCUGAUAAAAGUGUUAGGGUAUGCACUCAUCCAACCUGCUCCAGUAGAAAAGAGAUGCAUUUACAUGACAAUCAUGUGAAAACACACUUUGUAAUAGGGGAAGCUGUAUGUAUGCAUGCAUGUGAGUGUGUACGUGUGUGCGUGCGUGUCUGUCAUAUAAAGCCACACACACCUUUUCCUCAGAGUUCAGACACUUGUUUUCAUCUAUGUCUGCCUCACCUGUCUCCUCUACCUCGACACACCAUUAAGACAAUUAAACCAUGGCAACCAGUAUGGUCGCCGAGCAGCCCAAGCCAGUCGUGAUCUCUCUACAAAUUGAACAGUGGUCCACCAACCUCUGCGAGUGUGACAGCGUCUGUGACUGUUGCAUGGCAUUCUGGUGUUACCCCUGCUUCAACUGCAUCACAGCCAGGGACCACGGCGAGUGUUUGUGUCUACCUCUGCUAGAGUGCUGGGGACUCAUCCCACCCAUUACCAUGGCCAUGAGAGUGUCCACUAGACUCACCUAUGGAAUUGAGGACACCUUAUGCAAUGACUGCGUGUACGCCUGCUGCUGUGGCCCGUGCUCCUGGUGCCAAAUAAGACGUGAGAUGAAGGCUCGUAACCAUCCUGUCACAAGCUUUCGAAGAAAUAGAUAACAUCGUUAUCAUCAUCAUCACCAUCACCUUCUACAUUACAUGAAUUUUAAUGCUGUCAGAAUCAUGCAAAUGACAACAGAGACACUUUUGUGCAUCUUUUGUUUGUUCACUGUUUGUGGCUCAAGUCUGAUAUGUGUCCAUCAAAAUGCUCAUGUAUGAAGACGUAUACUUUCUUAAAAAAAAAAAAAAAAAGCAUUCUGUUAAAUGUUCAGUGCCCCUUUUAUAUUUAAAAUUAUGUGAUAUAUUAUAAUGUAUAAUAUUUACUUAUUCUCAAACCUACAAAACUUUGCUGAAGUUGUAUCAAAAUAUGUACACAGAUACACAGACAUAAAUAAAAUAUU